AUGGUGAUCUCGAAGCGCGCAGGUGCGCGCAAGGCCGGCGGCUCGGCGCCGCCGCCGGCCGUGCAGCGCGGCAUCGCCAAGGCAGACUGGCGCGAAGGCUUUAAGAAGCCACAAGCGGGUGUCUCCGACAUGACUUUGCUGACGCAGAUCACUAACGAGGCGAUUAAUGACAAUCUGCACAAGCGCUUCUCCAAUGCGGAAAUUUACACAUACAUUGGCAACGUGCUGAUCUCGGUAAAUCCUUUCCGUGAUUUGGGCAUCUAUACAGACGAGGUGCUGCGCUCGUACCGCGGCAAGAACCGCCUCGAGAUGCCGCCCCAUGUAUAUGCUAUCGCCGAAGGCGCGUACUACAACAUGUGCGCUUACAAGGAGAACCAAUGUGUCAUUAUCUCGGGUGAGUCGGGCGCAGGCAAGACGGAGGCGGCCAAGCGCAUUAUGCAGUAUAUUGCGGCAGUCAGCAGCGACGACCACGCGUCGGGGAUCAACAACAUCAAGGAUAUGGUAUUGGCAACGAACCCGCUGCUAGAGAGCUUUGGGUGCGCCAAGACGCUUCGCAACAACAACAGUUCACGCCAUGGAAAGUACCUCGAAAUCAUGUUUGACGCACACGGCGCACCGGUCGGUGCGACGAUCACCAACUACCUGCUGGAGAAGGCGCGCGUCGUCAGCCAGAUCCGCAACGAGCGCAACUUCCACAUCUUUUACCAGCUGACCAAGGCAGCCUCGCCGCAGCAGCGCGAGAUGUUUGGGUUGCAGGGCCCCGAGGCGUACGCGUACACAGCAAACAGCGGGUGUCUCGAUGUGCCAGGUAUCGACGAUCGCGCCGACUUUGCGGCGGCGCUCGAGGCCAUGCGCACUAUCGGGAUGUCAGAGGACGAGCAGACCAGCUUAUUCCGCGUUCUCGCAUCGAUUCUGUGGCUCGGCAAUGUGUGCUUUGUGGAAAACGCGCAGGGCGAUGCAGAGAUUGCCAACCCCGAUGUGACGCAGUUCUGUGCAUACCUGCUUGAUGUGGACGCUGCAGCGGUGCAGCGCGCGCUCACCCAGCGCAUCAUGGAGACCCAGCGUGGCGGACGCCGCGGAUCGGUGUACGAGGUGCCGCUGAAUCCAACGCAGGCGGCCGCUGUGCGCGAUGCGCUCAGCAAGGCCCUGUACAACAACCUAUUUGACUGGAUUGUCGCACGAGUGAACCAGUCGCUGAGCGUGCGUAGCGGUGCGGACACGGUGAUUGGUGUGUUGGACAUUUACGGCUUCGAAAUCUUUGAGAACAACUCGUUUGAGCAGCUGUGUAUCAAUUAUGUGAACGAAAAGCUGCAGCAGAUCUUUAUUGAGCUUACGCUCAAGAAAGAACAGGAGGAAUAUGCCCAGGAGCAGAUCCAGUGGACUCCGAUUCAGUACUUUAACAACAAGAUCGUGUGCGACCUGAUUGAAGAGAAGCGGCCGCCUGGCAUCUUUGCCGCACUUAAUGAUGCUGUUGCCACAGCUCACGCUGAUUCGUCAGCGGCGGACAAUUCGUUUGUGCAGCGGACGUCCAUGCUCGCCUCCAACCCCCACUUUGAGGCGCGUGGCUCCAAGUUCCUCGUGCGCCACUACGCUGGCGACGUAAUGUACAAUGUGAAUGGCAUGACCGAAAAGAACAAGGAUGCGCUGCUGAAGGAUAUUCUGAACCUUGUUGACAGCUCCUCCAAUGCUUUCCUUCAGUCGCUCUUCCCGGACCGCCCCGACCCCACAAGCAAGAAACGCCCGCCGAGCGCAGGCGACCGCAUCAAGGCAAGCGCCAACCUCCUUGUCGACACACUGAUGCGCGCGCAGCCAUCAUACAUCCGCACGAUCAAGCCGAACCAAAACAAAAGUCCCACUGAGUACGACGCGGCGGCCAUCCUUCACCAGAUCCAAUACCUCGGUCUGCGCGAGAACAUCCGCGUGCGUCGCGCCGGCUUUGCAUAUCGCAACACAUUCGAGAAGAUUGUGCAGCGCUUCUACCUGCUGUCGCCGCAUACGUCGUACGCAGGCGACUAUAUCUGGCAGGGCGACGCACGCAGCGGCUGCGAGCGCAUCUUCCUCGAUACGGGCAUUGCGCGGGAAGAGUGGCAGCUCGGUGUCACAAAAGGCUUUAUCAAGAAUCCAGAGACACUGUUUGCACUCGAGACGAUGCGCGACCGCUUUUGGCACAACAUGGCCAUGCGCAUUCAGCGCGCGUGGCGUGCCUACCUGCGCCGCCGCGAGGAGAGCGCCCGCCGCAUCCAGCGCGCAUGGCGCCGCAGCCGCGAGGGCCACGAAUUCGUUGAGUUGCGCGACUAUGGCCACCAGAUACUUGCUGGCCGCAAGGAGCGGCGCCGCUUCAGUCUCGUGAGCAUGCGUCGCUUCCUGGGCGACUACCUCGACGUUAACGGCUCGUCUGCCGAGGGUCGCCUGCUCCGCACAAGCGCGAACCUCGGGUCGGAGCCUGUGGUGUUUAGCUCACGUGCGCAGCUGCUUGUGUCGCGGCUGGGCCGCUCAUCGGUGCGCAGCCCCCGCUUCCUGCUUGUCACAGCACGCGCCGUGCACCUCCUCGUGACACACCUCGUCAAUAAGCGGCCACAGACGAUAUGCGAGCGCGUCGUUCCACUCGCGAGCAUUCGCGGCAUCGGCCUCUCACACCUACGUGAUGACUGGGUUGUACUGCAGACCGGCCUCGAUGAAGGCGACCUGCUGCUCCACUGCGACUUCAAGACCGAGCUCGUGAGUCGUCUGCUCCAGCAGACAGGCGGCCGGAUCCACGUGACCAUUGCGCCUCAGCUGGAGUAUGUGCGCAAGGGCCGCAAGAAGGCGACUAUCGCCUUCCGCAAGGAUGAGUCUGUGACGCUAGGCGACGUAUACAAGAGCGGUGUCGUGUCGGUGGCCUCAGGCGAACCGCCCAACAGCGUCUCGCGACCACCCGCGCGGAUCUUGCCGAAAACUACGCGCGCUCGCCCUGCAGGACGUGCAGGUCCAGCGCCCGCGCCGCGCGCACGGCCCCAACCCGCACCGGUGCCUCGCAGUGCUCCAGCACCCGGCGCUCGCAGUGUGCCGGCGCCACCACCUGCGCCAGCCGCCCCCGCCGCCCGGAGCGUGCCGCUGGCGCCUGUCGCUGGCGCCCAGCAUGCCGUACCUGUGCCGCCCAGCCGCACUGGUGCGGCACCUGCGCUUCCUUCCUACCUUGGGGGCACGACGCUGGCGCCACCUGUGACGCAGCUGGGCUCGGCGGCACCCGCGCCUACACCUGCCCCGGCGCCUGCGCCAGCACCUGCCUUGGCUCCCAUGCCAGCACCAGCUCCCGCGCCGGUUCCCGCACCGCCGCCUGCACCCGCACGAGCUGCCGCGGCUCCUCCGUCUCGGCUACCGCGCUACCGCGCGCUGUACGACUUCGCCACAGUGGAGCAGGGCGAGCUGCCUCUGACAAGAGGCGACGUCGUCGAGCUGGAAGACAAGGAAAGCAGUGGAUGGUGGCUCGUCAAGAAGGAUGGCAUCGAGGGCUGGGCCCCUGCGGACUAUUUGGAGCCUGUGCCUGACGCCCCCAAACCGCGCCCGCCGCCGCCAGCCAAGCCGUCGAGCGCCAAGCCGCCUGUCGGUGCCAAGCCUACGGCACGUCCAGCCGAGAAGCCAUCGUGGACGCCCCCGGAUGCGACAGCUGCGCCUGUGGCAGUCAUGCCGGGCAUGGGUGACCCUGGCGGCUUUGCUGCUGUACUCGCGCGCAAGAAGGCCGAGAAUGCAGCGGCACAGCCCCCUAGCUAG